CACUAAUCAAGGCUUUGCAGUAAUAUGCGCAAGUCAAGCCCCCAAAUUCGCCAAAAGAACCAGUUAUAGGAGUAAACAACAAAGCGGCGCCGUUUAUGCAAACGAUUAUUUAUUGUACUCCUUACCCACGAUCGCAUCGUUGUCCCUUUAAACUGCAUACGAUAUCAUAUCCACCGGGACAAAGCAGAAGCCCCAUUCAUCCGCAUGCUGAAACUUCAUUGCCAGCUGAAUCUAAACACUCCACCAAAAUGAAUCCGUGUGUGAUUCCCACUCCAUUGCCCGACUUAGAUGGCGACAAGCGCUGGAACAGCAUACACCGCCGGUUUAUCUCCGACUGCCGUGAAAAGGACCCGGACGUCAUUGUCCUGGGCGAUUGCAUUUUCGAAACGGUACAGGACAGCGAGGCGUGGAAUCAAUACUUUGCACCGCUGCACUGCCUUAACUUCAGCAUACGUGACGACUGCACCGAGCACGUUUUAUGGCGCAUCGAAAACGGAGCUCUAGACAACGUUAACCCAAAAAUAGUGGUUCUACAUGUCGGCACCAACAAUGUAAAGAACAGUGCAGAGGAAGUGGCCGAAGGAGUUCUCGCAAACGUAACGAAAAUACGCCAAAAGCUGCCUAACGCCUACAUUCUUCUUCCCUCACUUCUGCCGCGAGGACAGCAACCGAAUAAGUUACGCGAAAAAAAUGCCAGCAUUAACGAUUUGGUCAACGCAAUGACCAAGGGACUGUAUCGCGUACAAACAGUUGCCAUAGACAAGGGUUUGGUCCAAAGCGAUGGUAGCAUCAGUCACCACGAUAUGUUUGACUAUAAAAACCUCACCAAUGCUGGAGCGAAAAAAAUUCUUGAACCGCUGUAUGAUUUGCUUUCUCAAAUUCUCAACGAAAACGAACCUGAAAACGAUCUCCCUCCCUCCGAAUAAAGGAACAGCAGCAGCUAUCAUCAUAUACCAUAUACCACAAAACAAUUCCCAGAAUAAUUUAAAACAAAUGUAUUUUUUGAAAUCUCAAAAGCAUAAGAGCUGCGAGACUAUCUCACAAUUAAAUAUAAGCUUUCUUAUCUAAUAGUAAACAAUCGCAUAUACCAUUGCAAAAUAAACCUAUUUUACAUUAUA